CGGCGGCUCCUCAGUGUCCGGCUCAAGCUCCGGCCACAGCUCCGGCUCGCGAUGCCCCACUCCGUGACCCUGCGCGGCCCUUCGCCCUGGGGUUUCCGCCUGGUGGGCGGCCGGGACUUCAGCGUACCCCUCACCAUCUCGCGGGUCCAUGCUGGCAGCAAGGCUUCCCUGGCUGCACUGUGCCCUGGAGACCUGAUCCAGGCCAUCAAUGGUGAGAGCACAGAGCUCAUGACACACCUGGAGGCGCAGAACCGCAUCAAGGGCUGCCAUGACCACCUCACACUCUCCGUGAGCAGGCCUGAAGGCAGGAGCUGGCCCAAUACCCCAGAGGACAGCAAGGCUCAGGCACACAGGAUCCACAUCGAUCCCGAGGCCCAGGAUGGCAGUCCAGCGACAAGCAGGUGGCCCUCAGCCACGGGGCUUGGGCCAGAAGAUGGCAGGCCAGGCCUGGGAUCUCCUUAUGGGCAGUCACCUCGCCUCCCAGUCCCUCACAAUGGCAGCAGCAGUGAGGCUACUUUACUGACCCAGUUGGGCACCCUGCACGUGUCUCCACCCCACAGCACUGACCUGGCCAGAGGCCUUUCGCGGAGCCGCGACUGCGGAGUAGACCUGGGCUCAGAGGUGUACAGGAUGCUUCGGGAGUCGGCCGAGCCGACGGCUGCGGAGCCCAAGCAGUCAGGCUCCUUCCGCUACUUGCAGGGCAUGCUAGAGGCCGGCGAGGGCGUCUCUUUGCCGGUGGCUACGGAAGCAGGGCCCAGCCCCACACUCCGCAGAAAUGAAGUUUUUCCCUUUUCUGACCUCCGCACCGGGCUCUUGCCAAUCGUGCUCUGGCUUUCAGGGGAACGGCCCGGGCCUGGCGGCCCCCGGAACCUCAAGCCCACGGCGGGCAAGCUAGGCGCUCCGCUGAGUGGCCUGCAGGGGCUGCCAGAGUGCACGCGCUGCGGCCACGGCAUCGUGGGUACCAUCGUCAAGGCGCGGGACAAGCUCUACCACCCCGAGUGCUUCAUGUGCAGCGACUGCGGCCUGAACCUCAAGCAGCGCGGUUACUUCUUUCUGGACGACCGGCUCUACUGCGAAAGCCACGCCAAGGCGCGCGUCAAGCCGCCUGAGGGCUACGACGUGGUGGCGGUGUACCCCAAUGCCAAGGUGGAACUCGUCUGAGCCGCUCCCAGAACCUCCCGUCCCCGCCUCUGCUUUUUUUAAUGUCCCCGCGCACCCGUGUAAAUAUGUUUGCGCCCUGCCUCUCUAAUAAAUUCCCUCUGC